GCCCCGGAAGCCCGCGGAGAGGCCUUUCUGCCGCCCGGAGAGGUGGCGGCGCGGAGGCACCAGCGCCGACUGCGGGGGGCCCAGGGAUGGUGCGGUGACCCCAGGGAUGGUGCGGUGACUAGAAGACCGGGCGACGGGGCGACCGGGCUGGGGGUGCUGCCGGAUCCUGCUUCCUCUUUGCUUUCGGUUUCGAAGCGGCUGCCCCGGCUAGGGAGCCAGCCGCAGAUCGGAAGGGACACAUGGAAGCCGCCUACCCACUAGCCAAGGAUCAGCUGAGUCCUGGGGCUGAUGCUUGCCCACGCUGCUGAGAAUGGCACAGAGGCCCAGCCAGGCAGCUGGAGAAAGGUUAACUCGGGAUACUCCUGGACAGUGAUCCUGAUGUCUGUUCUGAGUCGUGCGCUCAAGGGUGUGAUAACCAGCCCCACUCGGCACCAUGGCAUCUGCCGAGCCCCUGACGGCGCUGUCCCGCUGGUACCUGUAUGCCAUCCAUGGUUACUUCUGCGAGGUGAUGUUCACAGCGGCCUGGGAGUUCGUGGUGAACUUUAACUGGAAGUUCCCUGGGGUCACGAGCGUGUGGGCGCUCUUCAUCUACGGCACCUCCAUCCUCAUCGUGGAGCGCAUGUACCUGCGCCUGCGCGGCCGCUGCCCGCUGCUGGUGCGCUGCCUCAUCUACACUCUCUGGACCUACCUAUGGGAGUUCACCACCGGCUUCAUCCUGCGCCAGUUCAACGCCUGUCCCUGGGACUAUUCCCAGUUCGACUUUGACUUCAUGGGCCUCAUCACCCUGGAGUACGCCGUGCCCUGGUUCUGCGGGUCCCUUAUCAUGGAGCAGUUCAUCAUCCGCAACACCCUCCGCCUCCGCUUUGACAAGGACGCCGAGCCCGGGGAGCCCAGUGGCCCUCUGGCGAUGGCCAACGGCCACGUCAAGACCGACUGAAUGGGGCUGGUGGGUGGGGUCCGGGGCACUCUCAUGGACCUGGUGGACAGAGGUACCAAGCUGGUGGGGUUACGUCUUCUGAACAGCACAAGCCCUGGCCCUGGUCCGGCCUCAGCCUUCUAGACCCCCAGGGCACACUCGGCACCCCCUCGCCCUCCACUGUGAGCAGGGCCGGGAGCGGGGCCAGGUGUGGGGGGCGAGUGUCGAGGUAGCCCGGGGUCUCUCGGAUGGGUCUAUGGAUCUCUACCCAGCUCAGAGGCUGGCAGCCAGAGGCCUGUGGCUGAGCAGCGACUGGACCACCUGGGUGACUUUGGAAGCAGCAGGCCCUGUCCUGGCUAAGGGACUCUGAGAAUGGGGCAGAAGAUGGAAAGCAAGACCUGAGGAGGCUUUGGGCUGCUGCAUGGCCUCCUCUCUCCUCUCACGUGGUUUAAGUUGGGCUUUGGCUGGUUCCAUUAGGCAAUAUUCAGGUGCUUGCUUGCAACCAAUACCUCCCCGGGGGCCUGCUGAGCUGCAGCCUAAGGACAGACUGAGCAGCCAAGAGGCUGCUUGGCAGUAGUGCUGGUCUGCCAGGGCUGGAGGCCUUCCCUUGGCUCCUUUCCCCUCCCCCAGGGCUCUAACGCUCCCUUGGCCUUCUGGGGGACCCCCUGGUGCUGGAUUCCCACCAACCUUGGGCUUUUGGAGGUUUCAAUCCCUGUGUGUUCGGUGGCGUUUCCCCCCUUUUCUCUUUUAUUUUCAAGGCUUUUACCACUAGCAGCCCCUUUAUCCAUGUCAGUCAUCCCCACCCAUUCCCCUCCCCAAAUCCUUGGCCAACACAGCAGCUGCCAGAGAUAGAACCCUGAGACAGACCCCACCCACCCUCUUGCAGCCUUCCCUCCACUAUUUAUGCUGGCCUGAUGACUGGGAAGUUCCCUUUUUACACCUCCCCACCUGUCUUGGUGGACUGUGGCAGUGCCCCGGUGCUCUUCUCUGUGCCCCCUCCCCUCAGUGGCCCAGCUAAAAUUGAAUGAGACCCUUCCCCAACACGCAGGCCAAGAUGGGCCUGCCCCAGAUCCACAAUGGGGACCUAGAGACAAAUCAAUUUAGGGGAGGGUGGAGUUGUGAUAAAAGCAUCUGGUUUCUUUUCAAGCCAGUCGGGCAAGCAAGCUUUCUAGGGGAUGGAGGAGCAGGAAUCCAGUGUUGGGAGACCCAUGGAGAAUAAGUGAGGGAGAAAAGACAGCCUUUCAGCUUUGAGAGGGCCUUUGGAGCAUCCUUAGUGGGAAGGGGUCAGCUGGUUCUGCCAUAGCUCCAGCCCUGCAGCAAAACCUCAGGGCUACCCCCUUCCCACCCCUCCAGCAAGGCUGACUGACACUUUGAGCUUACUCCUUAAACAGUAUUAACCCUGCCAGGAUCAUGGGCUUUGUCAUCUUGGUUGCCCAUCCCCCUCCCCUGUGACAGGUCCAUUGCUGACAGUGGAUAGGUGAAGUCCUCACUCCAGCCCACUUCUGGCUCCGCCCUCCUCCCUGAGGGGAGAGGUCCAUCAGAAUGCAGCCAAUGCCAUGGUACAUGGUCUCUUCCUGACCACACUAGAAGUCUUAGAUAGAAACUAGCCUUCCUUUUUUAUGGAUCAUUAAAAAGUGAUAAUACCACCUGUGGAGAGAAUCUGCUCUUCCUUGCUGUGCUGCUCCUCCGAGACUGUGCAGACAGCACCAGCCAGCUUGUGAGCCAGGGCUGGUGGGCUGGGGAUGGGCAGGAGUGGUGUCCUGGAUUGGGGGAAAGGCUGGGAGACUGCCUUUGGCAGAGCUGUUUUCUGCAGUUAACCCUAUCCAGGACAGGAUGAAGGCAUUUUCUAGCCACUGUGUCCUGGCCAGGCUCCUCAAACCCAGGCAUGAAAUACAUUCUGCAAGGGCCAGAACUUUGAUUUUGCUGUGGCCCCAGUCCCAGGGCUUUGGGGCAUCCGGAGAUUCAGGUUCCCAUCUACAGGUGGAAGGCAUUCUAGAGGGAAAAUAUCAUCUGGCUUCCCUAUUCCUUCUGGGAAAUUAUUUCCUUGGCCUUCUCCCUUAAAUCUGUGAUAUCCUAGUUUUCUGGACCCCAACACUCUUCCAGGUCCCCCAUGUGGCCCUUAGGCCACACCACCCACCUUCGCCCUCCCCUGCCAUGACCAAAUCUGUGGUCAGCUUGUUGAUGUCUGCCAGCAUAGGGCCUCCAUAAUUCUCUCAGUCAGAGAAAGCCCUUGGAUGGCCUGUCGGGUCUGGCCACUCCAGAUGUUGCCUCAUGGGCAUUCCCUGGCACCAUCUUUUCUCUGGGCCCUACAAACUCCCAAGUACAGGAAGUCUCGCAGUAAACCUGCCUGCCUGACAUGUACAGAACACUGUUUUUCUGCUUCAUCCAGGUGCCCUGUGGCUCUUGUCCCUCGUAGGGCACAGGGUACCCAGUAAAGGGAGGCAGUGAUCCAGGGCGAGAGCUCAGGGUAUGAAGGCUCAGAAUUCACCAGGAGUAGUUCUGACUUCAACUCUUGCUUUUUUUUUUUUUUUUUUUUUUUUUGUAUCUUCAGGGCCCUAAUCCCUUAGUGCCCAGGCACCCCUGCUCUGUCAGUUGGGGUGCUGGCAGGAAGAGUCUGCUUGCUGUUUGUUAACCUCUGGUGUCCUGGGCCUCUCUCCACUGGACAUGGCAGCAUUUACGAGUUACAGAUCACCAUGUGCUGCCCUGCAUGGUUGAACCACUUCUGAUGUCUUCCAGGCAUCUUGUCCCUUGUGCCCUGUCCCCUCUGACGCCAGUGAGUCACAAUGGCCUAUGCUUAUUUACAGCAAUAAUACAUAGGGGUUGUCCAUGAAAUCUCCUGUCCUAGCCCCCCACUCUCUGCAUGGGUCUCCUUAGGGAGGCAGCACUGAAUGGGUCAGUUCCUGAGAAUCUGUCUUUAUGAAGCUCUGGGUUGUGCAGACAUCAUCACGGGGAGUUCAGAAAGGAGAGAGGUCCAGCCCUUGAGCUGUGGUGAAGGCAGGGAGAGUACCUUCCACCCUGAAGCCACCCCAGACCUGGAGGAGCUACAGGUCCCUGCUCUCCCACCUUCAAAGUGGGGGGGGACUGUCUCCCAACUGCUGCAGCUCUUCAGAAGGACACACGACUGGUUUGUGCACCCAUUGCCUGGUCUGUCUCCAUUGGUCUCUUUGUCUCUUCCUUUUCAUAUUCGUGCACAUCAAAUAUACUGGUGUUUGUGUUCCAUGA